AAAAACAAUCCCCUGUUUUUCAAAUUUUUGGAAAACCGCUCUGCUCUCUCUGUCUCAGAUAAUUUGGGAUCUCUCUAGGGUUCCAAAUCCGACAUUUCUAUUCCUCUCUUUCUCUACUCACCAACUCCAGGAAUUCUUGAUUACUCUCGGUCCGAAUUGUUAUGAGACUAUUCUUAGGUGGUUAGCUUCGCUUAAUUGAAGACUAGGCAUGCUGGAUGCUCUUAAAGAAAGUAGUGACAACGGUAGUCGAAAUUGUUUUGAGAGCUUAGUAGGAUCCUCUGAUGUUGAGGAGGUGAAGGUUAAUGGCGUUGCCGUCGAUGCUGAAGCUGGUCCUUCUGGAUUGGGAGGCGAUAGUUUGCUUACUUACAAGAGGCGAAAGUGUACCAAGGUUAUGGAGUGUGGGAAGGUUUCUGAUGAUUCAGCGAGUCAGUUGACUGAUAAGAAAGGUGCAGAUUGUUCCAAUGAUUGCUCACUCAAGCACAAAAGAAACAUUAUUCUGGAUCGAAUCUGUCAGUUGCUCAAUAGUGGUGGAUUGAAGAAAUGCAUUAAAAAUGCACUUGUUUUUCCAGAAGGAAGUGGUACUGGAACUCCUGCGAAGGAUUCUGUUUGUUCUAGUGAAGAUUGGGGCAAAAGCACAUCUCAAACUGGGACUGUGCUUGAUUGUCUCCAGAAUGCAACUAAGUCCAAUUUUGGUUUGACAUCUAGCGGAUUAGUCAAUGGAACUAAUACUACAACAUUCACAGAGCGCUGUACUUCCACCUUUGUGGAUGUUUUUAUGUCAGAACAGUUUGCACAGCUAUGCAGUUUACUCCUUGAAAAUUUCGAAGGCGUAAAGGCUGACAAUUUUUUUGAUUUGAAUCGCAUAAACACAAGGAUGAAGGAGAAAGCAGAUGAAAAGUCACCACUGCUAUUUCAGUCUGAUGUUCAAGAGAUUUGGGCCAAGCUCCAAAAGAUUGGCUCAGAUAUAACUGCUCUUGCAAAGUGCCUAUCAGACAAAACUAUCACUUCUUUCCACGGACAGUUCCUUGUGCACACUAAACCGGAGCUGACAGAGACAUGUGCUCUUGAUGAAGCCCAUACCUGUAGGCGUUGCAAGGAAAAGGCAGAUGGAAGAACUGGUUUAGCCUGCGAUUCAUGUGAGGAGAUGUAUCAUAUCUCCUGUAUUGAGCCUGCCAUUACAGAAAUCCCUAGUAGAAGUUGGCAUUGUGCCAACUGUAUAGCAAAGGGAAUUGAAUCCUCACAUGAGAACUGCAUAGCUUGUGAGAGGCUAAAUGCCUUUUUGUCACCAUGUGAUGGCAGUGGUGGAGAAGAUGGGCUUGGGAAUGACGUAACAACAGAAGAAUUAGAGGGGAGUUCAAAUGAGUUUAUUGCCAAUGAAGAGUUUCAGCACUGCACAGUAUGUAGAACUGAAGUUGGCGGUGAUGAAGAAUAUAGAAUUUGUGGGCACAACUUUUGUCCUCACAAGUUUUACCAUGAGAAAUGUUUAACAACUAAGCAGCUUAUCUCGCAUGGCCCAUGUUGGUAUUGUCCUUCCUGUCUGUGCAGAACUUGCUUGACUGAUAAAGACGAUGAUAAGAUUGUUCUAUGCGAUGGCUGUGAUCAUGGGUACCACAUCUAUUGCAUGCAGCCACCGCGCUCUACCAUACCAAAUGGGAAAUGGUUCUGCCGAAAAUGCGAUAGUGGAAUUCAGCGUAUCCAGAGAGCCCGGAGGACAUAUGAGCAUAUGCAAAACACAUCCAAAAAGAGAGCCUUGAAUGGAAAACUGAAGUGCAGCGGGGCUUUGAACAAAUCAGGUGGGGUUGAUAUGCUUCUCAAUGCAGCCAAAACUCUGAAUUACGAAGAGAAUAUGGCUGCAAUGGAGUCAGAAAGCUAAUUGAGCUGACAAAAACGCUCUUUUUAGGAGGAAAACAAGGAAGUUUAUGCUUGUACAUUACUGCAUCAUUCGAACAACUGACAUUUUUGCAACAGGCUAACGUUUGACUUCAAUCAUCCCUUUUGUAGUCAAUGGGAUUCUGCUUUUGCACCUCAAGGUAAAUUCUCUUGUGAAACUGUAGACUGACGGUUGUAGUUUGUAGUAAAUAUUCUUGUACAAGAUCAUGAUACUGAGUGUUCUGUGGUAAAUCAAUCGGAAAGAGUUGUUGCUGCCCCUGAGUUGGAGUUGAGAUAGGCUUAACUGGAUAUCCCUUGUAUUGAAUGAGAUAGGUUUAACUGAAUAUCCCAUGUAUUGAAUGAGUUGUUGCAAUUGUAAUAAGCUUCACUGAAUGUUUUGCUAUGUUCUUGUUUAACAGCCUAAGACUAGGCCUAAUGUUAUACUCCACUUCUCUAUUUUAUGCA